UUGCCAAUCGCAGCUGUGUGUUUUUCAUGAUAACACACACCCUCUAAUGUGCUGCUGUUUAAAGGAAUGGAGACAGCGUUAUGAGCAUUGUGGUAAACUUCAUGACUUUAUUAACUCUGCUUGUAGCAGGAUAGCUGGAGGAGAGAUUUUGUUGAUAUUUUCUAUACACAGUGACAGAAGAUAAUAAUGGAAAGAGAGCGAUACACAGAUAAUGUAUAUGCAUAUGCAUUAUACAAAACUCUUGCAAAAGUUGAUUCUCCAUUGACUGUAGGCUUAUACUCAUCAUGUACCAGCAGGAUUAAAAUGAUUCUUACAAGCAUUGAAGGUCACAUGAAUGAUGAGGCAAAGAGAAAAGAGCAGAACAGAAGCAGGUUCUCUAUUGGGAACCUGAUUUCACUAAUAUUUCGUCUCCUUUUCUAUCGACCCGUGUGGACAGAAAAAAAAGAGAGAAAGAAAUGCAAUCGCUAUGUGUUUGUAAGGUUUAGUGCUUGGCACUUUGCAGGCAGUGACAUGCUCUGGGCUGGCUUGGUGAUGCAGUUGUGCCAAGCUCUUCAGGACAAUUUUGGCAAGCUUCAGCUCAGCCUCUUCCGAAUAGCUCAGUAUGACGAAGAAAAGUAUGGUAUGGAAAAAAAGAUUGAAAACAGCUCCAAAGACUGGAGGUCAAAGAAGGUCUGCUGCUGCCCACUGUGGGUCUGUGUCCUGAUGACAUUGAUGGUUUGCCUCUUUAUUUUGGUACCAAUCAUUAUUUUUUCAUUUCCUGAAGUAAAGCCUCAAGGAGAUGGAGAGAACAACAAAGAGUAUGGAGUGUUGGAGGGGUUUAUCAUUGCAAUGUUAGGAGUCCCUGCAGUUGGAGCUGCGAGAUUUAUUUUCAUGCUGACGAAGAACCUAAUCUUUAGUCAGGAUGUUAAUGUCAGAAAUGCCUUGGACAACAAGAAGGUCAGUGAGCAGUUAGGCUUAAUGCAUGAAGUUCGGAAGGAGAUGAGGCUAUUGUCAUGCUUUAUUCACUUCAUGGAGAUUUUUGAGAGGCAAAAGAUAAAAGUGGUGCUGGAAAUCACCAAUUUGGACCGCUGCACACCAGCAAAAAUUGUUGGGGUCUUGGAUGCCAUCAACAUACUUCUUUCUGAUGAGGAAAGCCCCUUCAUUUCUCUACUUGCAAUUGACCCAGAGGUUCUUACCCAAAAAAUAGAUCAGGCAAAGGAUUGCUUUAGUAAAAAGGACAGAGCUUAUGGCUUCCUGGACCGCAUAAUCACACUGCCCUUCACAGUGCCACCUUUAUGCGAGGUAUCAAAGCGCAAUGUCUUCAAAAAAAUAUUAUUGGAUCAGUCUGAAAGGCCUUCUGACACCCGAAGAGAUGAGGUUGAGAGUUUAUGUAGCAUAAAGACCUAUGUUUCUUUAGAAGAUGUCCCUUUGAAUGAGAGCAAUCUGAAUGAUGAGGGCCAAGACACUUCCCUGGGAGCAAGCAAGACCACAUCCUAUAUAUUUAAUGAGAAAAAAGUGGAAGAUUUAAUUCAAGAAGCAUUCGAAAGCAUAUACUUACGUGACAAAAGUAGGCUAUACACUUUUAUCUCUGAAAAUACUGUGUCUAUGAGGAGGGUCACCAAUUCUAUCAGGGUGUCCAUGAUGGUCAUUAAUGGUCAUAAUGUUGAGGUUUCCCCACCUGAAAGAGUUGCUGCUUGGGUUGUGCUGGUAGACCGCUGGCCUUGUAGACUAAGUUGGAUACUUCAAUGUAUGGAAGAUGAACAUCAGAAUCUGCAGACUCAUCAAACCAUGGUUGUCUGUGAUCAUAGCAGGACUCUAUGGGAUGUGUUCGAUGAGAAUAGGAUAGAGCUCCACAUAAUUAGGGAGGAGGUGGAGAAGUUCCUGGAAAGAGAUGAUGAUCCUGAGCUGUUUGAAAGAUUUCUCAAAAAGGACUACAAAUUCACAGUCCCUGAGGCAUAUCAACUUAAAGAAUAUACAGUUAACCUGGACUAUUCUAUCAAGAAUGAGUUGGCAAGGAUCAGACAAAUCAGCACUUUGAGAACAAUAGGAAAAUAUACGUUCAACAGUUUGUCUCCAAACGCUGUCCUCAAAAUGUCUGUGGAAGAUGUUUGCAAUGAACUAUCCAGGCUGAAGCUCCCUGAAACAUAUGCUGAGAUUGUAAAGCAAAAUGAUAUAAAUGGACAGACACUGGUUCUUAGUGACCCAGCUGAUCUGAGACAGGUAAUGCAAAUGACUCUUGGUGAAUGGACAGCUUUUAGGAUUCACUUUCUUGGAGUCAUGUCAUGUUAUCAUCCGAGUAAAGCUAUGUCAGCACCAGCUAUCUCAAAUCCUAAUGCGAUUUGCCCAUCUAGUAUGUCUAGUAGGAGCCAUAUGCAUCAUAUUUAAUAUUGCUCCUACACUGGUCAUUAUCGUUAAACAAAGAAUUCUGGAUUUUGUAGAAAUCCAGUGAUUUAAAAUUUUGUCUAAAUUGUAUGAUAAAUAAAUAAAAUGUCAUAGCGUGAAAAUAAUCAGAAGAGAUUUUAAUCACUUUGCUUAUGGUAAAUAAUGGUGGCUCACCUUUUUGCACUGUGAUGUUGCAACCUUAGCAGGCCAAUGUGUCAUUUCCUUGAUGGGAAAACUAUUGUGCUUCUAACCCUCUUGCUAUCAAAAUGUCAGCAUAAUAUAAUGUUUGACUUGUUUAACAUUUUAGGCAACUACAUUAAGUGGAGAAAACUUAAACAUGCAUGGUGUGCAAAUAAAAAUAUUUCCAUGAUGUAAAUUAUUUUUUACUGAUUCACGUUGCUUCACUGUAUUUCUAAGCACUGCAGCACUGACUAUUGUCAGGGGUACUUAAGGCACCGCCAUGAUUUUUUUUUAAAACUGACAUUACAGUGGUGGAGAUCAACUAUUAUUGUUGUUAUUAUAUAAGUUGUUAUAUUUGUUAUACGAUCCACUCCAAUUAUUGGCACCUUUCAUGAAAAUGAGCAAAAAUGGAUAUAAAAUUAAUCAUGCAUGCAAUAAGUGAUAUUUCAGUUUAAACAUAUGGCGACCUGAUAGCUUUAUUUUAACAAGGACUUGAAGUUUGUACAUUAUGCAAAAGUUUGGCACCCAGGCACCCGUCGUCAUAUGGUGGUCCAUGGAAUUUUUUUUUUCUGCCUCUUCUGGUGGGAGUUUGAGAACUCCUGGACUAGAGAAUGUGAAGUAUUAUUCCCUGUGCCAUUCACAGUUAAUUCAGCAAAAUCAGCUCAGUUUGAAGUGCAGAAAUUAUCUUGCAUUUCUGCUCAAUUUUGCUCGAUUUUGCUCAAAUACCUAUAAUGCACAGCAUGGUGUGUGCAUAGUCCAUGCAUCCAUGUGCUAAAAUGUCUAGGUAAUUAUUGUCAUGCUGACACAGGCAUAAGGAUUUUGUUAAUAUCGACAUGUUGUUAUGUUGAUUGGGCACAAGUCCUUGCAUUAUUUUGGAUUUUUAUUUAUUUAUUUUUUUGGAUUGUUGACCUUCAAAAUAAAAUUGUAUCCAAGUCUCCACAUUUAUUACACUACCACUAAAAUUUUGACCUAAAAUCUAAUGAUAGAGAGAAGAGAAAUAUGUUUCCUGUAAAUCUUGUCAGUCAGCUGGUUAUUGCUCCCCUAAAAAUUGAUCUGAAAUCAAUAUGUACUACAAAAACAUCACUGUUACACUGCACAAACUUGGUACUUAAAGGAAAUAAGAGGAGAUGAUUUGAUUGUUACCACCUGCAUCAUGUAUCAUGUUAGCACCAAAAUCGGCACAGGACUACACUAUCCAUCAGCCCCUGAACAUCACAUGACUUCAUGUUUUGGUUUUCACAUGAUUUGGAAUCUUCAUGAUAUAUGUCAGGAUAUGUAUAUAUAUAUAUAUAUAUAUAUAUAUAUAUAUAUAUAUAUAUGUGUGUGUGUGUGUGUGUGUAUGUAUAUCUCUUAUGAUGCAGAUUGUAUGACUUGUUCUUGUGUAUAUGCUAUGAUCAUGAAAAUAGAGCCCAUAAUUAUAUGGCUUCUGUAAUUUGUGAUACCAUAUUACAAAACUAGCCACUGUUAAAUACUUUAGGUUUUGCAGUUUAAAAUGCUUGAUAUUCCGGAUAAAUAUUUCUAAACAUGUACUGUGUUCAUAGUGUUAGGCAAACCUGGCAGAAAUUUAGUUAUGAAUCAGAUAAUCAGAGUAAAAUUUCUGUAACAAUGUGUAACUGUGAGA